AUGAUUCUAGCGUUGGGACUGUUAACCAUGACUGGAGCCCACUUGGCUUUGGCAGGCGUUUUGGCCAAGCACUGGCCAUAUAUAGCUGCGUUUAUAGGGUACAGUGUACUGGUACUCAGCGGUGCGCUAAAGAUUGCCUUUACUACAAUGACCGUCCCUGCAACCAUCGAGAGCGAUUUCAGGUCCACAUGGGAGGGUAUGUACGAGCAUAACAAGUUCAGACUAUACCAUAUUGAGCGUGCCUACGGCUGCUGCGGCUUUAUGAACGCUACCGACCAUGCAGUGCCAAAAGUAUGCAAGAAAUCCCCCGAGUUUGGAUACGAGGAAGGUUGCUUCCAGUUUCUGAAGCACGAGACCCAGGUUCAGUGGGCAAGAGCAUUUGCCUGGACCAUGGGUGCCGCGUUGGCGCAGCUUGUCCUACUUGGAAUUGGCGCAUUCGUUUACGCACGUGCUGGUAACGGCCUGCAUCUAGAUGAUGAGCAGGAAGAAUAUGCCCCUCAGGAUCCGGAGCGCGGCUGGUUUGUCCCCGAGCGGCAGGCAGAGCGCGAAUUUCUGCAGCAGCAACAAGCGGGCAGCAUCACACCGACAACCGAUGCUCCAGCUGUGGCAACCCUGCAAGUAGCAGUCCCAGGACCUUUAACUCAGUCUCCUGAUCCGCCGCAACUAUCGGUGAUUCCCACUGGACUGCCCGCCGAGUCCCAGGAUGCACCUCCGCAGAAAGGCAACGGCAUUAAACUACCAGAGCAAAUUGUGCGCUCGUCGCAUGGUUUGAUCGAUCAUUUUUACCGACAUCGAACAGAAAAGGCCGAGAACGGUGGAAGGGGAAGCAGUGGUGGUGGAAAGCAGGUGCUUCAGGACGGUCAACGCUAG